AUGUCAGCCCCACAGUCUCAAGUAGCUCAAACCAAGGUCGAAAACGACCAGUCCCUCGUCGUAUUCUCUCAUCUCUCCACCCGACACACCACCUCGCCUCCAUCUCCCGACGACAAGGCCCCAUCUCCUCCUCUCGCAUCAGCCUACGACAUCCCCCCGUCGGCACUGGAGGAGGGUGGUGGGCUGGUGAACAGUGAUGGGCGGGUAUGGUACAUGCUCUCUGCGCCUUUGGAAAGAGAUGCGAGCGCAGUGAAGGAGAUCGUCGUGGACACCGAGUCGAAAGACCAAGGAUGGUCUUCCUUCCCCGAGAAUCACGGAACUUAUGAUGUGACCUCCUCUUGGUUUGACCUCACUCUUCUUCGAGAUGGCAAGGAGGUGCCCAACACCAGAUUGGACGUCCAGCACAACGUUCACGCUGGCAAAGAGUUCAAGUCACACACCAAUACCAUUCCGUCGACACACCCGUUCGUCAAAGAGAUGCAAAAGGGUGAUUGCAUCACACUUUGGGCCCGGGCUUUGUACCCGGGAUGGGAGAAUCACGUACAGCGUGCUAGUAUCGCCAUCUCCUACGAUGUGCUCGCUGAAGACUCUAAGGAUGAGGAGUGA